CAAUGACAAGCAAAGUUGCUAUUCCUUUGUUGUGCUGCUUUGCACUAUAGAAUCAAGUUGGUGAAAAUUUUGAAGACAGAUCUAUUUUCAAUCUCUAGGUCAUUGUCACAAGAAGCAAAUUUGUUGAAGCAUUGACUUAUUCUAAUAGAAGCAUUGACUAAUUCUAGUAAAACUUUAUUGUUUCACCUUCAUAAGCAAUGCUUUCAACUAUUUGACAAAUUAAAACUCAAUACGGAUACCCGGGGCUCGUUUGGCAACCUAUAGACACGUGUAACCUAAUACAUGCUUGGAUUGGGUUAAUCCAAGUUGGGUUUUAAACCAAACCAAGUUACAAUCCAAGCAGUCAUUUGGGUGCUGUCUAGGAUAAAUCACGUUCAUCCAAAAGAAUUUGACAAAUACUGAAAACAAUUCGAAUGUAGAAGAGCCAGGAAUUCCAAGGAAAAGAACUCUGAGCAGCUCACAAAUGUCAAGGAAAAACAUGAAUGGAGUUUCUGCAAGCUCUAGCCUCUGACACAUUUCAUCGAACAGGUGACCUGUGCUGCCUGUAACGCUUCUUCCUUCUUGCCCAGAACUCUCAUCCACCAUCUCAAUCUAUAGCGGUGCCAUCAGCAAAUAUGUACCUGAGUGCUACAGACUUCAUGCGAUGCUGAAUGCCCAACACAGAAAACACGCUUUCCCCCCGGUCGCGGCCCUUGAUAAUUGAGCCUGGUGGCGGGCUACAGGCGCAAGAGGAAAAGGGUGAGCAGCGCACGCGAGAGGACGACACGACUUGCCAGAGCCGAGCUUUUCCCAUUCCCGGAGAGCAAGGUGUUCAAUUGCAAGGUCAAGGACAGUGCACCAUCCACACGUGCCUCACGAAGCACCAGUGGGUGAUCAGUUCAAGUGUAUGCUUCGGCUUAAGUUCUUUUACAAUCGUCAGUUCUUUGGCACUCUAUUGGGAUGAUGUCCUGUUUAGUUAAGUUAUUUAGGAAUUUCUGAGUUCAGAAUGCUUGUAGGCAAAUGUGUUUAUUUAUUUGUGAGACACAAUUGUGGAUGCUUAAUCGUGAGCUGCUUCUAAAUGUGGUGAAGAAUGUACCAGUAUGUAAGUACCAUGUGACUAUCUCGAACCAUUUAGUACAAUGAAUCAAUUUUUUCUUCUCUUUCAAAUUUGUUAGUUUCUUUAUGCCUUUCUUAUUUCAUAAAAAAUUUGGAAUGUU